AGUGGUGAAUACAGGUGUGUCUCUAUUUGGUGUCUACAAAGGUGUGUGUCUGUAUUUAAGCUUGAUUGCAAGAUACACAUGUAAACAAGUUGGGUUUUGAGAUAUUGAAGAUUUGAUAAUGGCCGUAAAGGAACUGAGAGUAUUCAUUGUGUGUAUUUGGACUGUCUAUUCUGCUGCUGGGCAUGAAUUCUUCUCAUCAACAGAUCAAAUUGCACAGCUAUAUGGGAAGAUGAAAGACCUUCUGAAGGUCUUCAGUCGAUGCAUUGAUGCUAAGAAUGUAGCGACAACGAAGAGUGUUCUUCUGAAUCUUCUGCUUUCAUACUCUGACUCUGAGAACCCUGAGGAAGCCAUGAGAAACCCUGUGACAGCUUACAGACUCCUCAGACAACUGAGAAAUGAUUUGAUAUUUAUUGAAGAACACAUUAAGCCAAAUCUUUAUCAGUGUAAAGAGUAUCAGGAUGAGUUGGACGCAAAGCUCCUAGAGAUCCCACAGCUGGAGGACUUGGAUGGUGCAGCUUCAGGACUGAUCAGACUGCAAGAAAUCUACAAACUCCACCCAGAAGACAUCACAAAAGAAACAUCUCUAAAUGCAAAUGAAGCCUACCAUGUGGGGUUGGUUGCUUAUGAUGAGCAUAAAUUCCAGCAUGCCUUUCUCUGGUUUCUGUACAGUCUGGACAGAUUAACAGAAUACUCAACCACUACUGAGGAAGAGUUGCUCAAUUAUCUUAGUUCCUCAGCCUAUCAUUUUGGCAGCCUAUCUGUGGCAAUCUUCUUCAAACAGCAGCUUCUAAAUCUGGAUCCAAGUAAUGAUGAAGUCAGAGUUCAGCUGAACUGGCUCCUUCACUUACAGAGCAACCCUGACAUAUUCACACUGAACACAGAGUCAAGUAACUAUGAGACACUGUGCAGAGGAGAGGUUGAUGAGAGAACCUCCAAGAGGCAGAGGGCGCUGUCCUGUAGGUACAGCACAUGUGGAGGAAACCCCAGACUGAUGUAUGCACCAGUGAAAGAGGAAGUGGAGUGGGACGAACCUCAAAUCAUCAGAUAUCAUGGCAUUAUAUCAGACAGAGAGAUAGAGAUCCUGAAGAAUAUCUCCAGACCUCAACUUUCUAGGUCUCAGGUUGGAAAGGGCACAGUCUCAGACUUACGUACUUCUCAAAGUGUUUUUCUAAAAGAGGAUUACACUGUUGCUCGCAUCAAUCAGAGGAUAGCAGACAUCUCGGGACUCUCCAUGGAAUCUGAGGAAUCAGAGGAAUCUCUACAUGUUCAGAAUUACGGGAUUGGUGGCAGAUAUGAACCACAUUAUGAUGCAUGGGAUAAUGAGAAUGAAAGGAUUGCUACAUUCUUAAUUUAUAUGAGUGAUGUGGAGAUAGGGGGCGCCACUGUGUUCCCUAAAGUUGGAGUUGCAUUGCAGCCAGAAAAGGGUUCAGCUGUGUUUUGGUACAACCUCCACAAGAAUGGUACACUGGAUUUGAAAACGCUGCAUGCUGGAUGCCCUGUGUUAAUGGGUAACAAAUGGGUGGCUAAUAAAUGGAUCCAUGAGUAUGGACAGGUGUUCAGGAGACCCUGUUCUUUGUCAGACAGGGAGUGAAAAACAGUGUAACCAAUGUAGACAUCAUAUGAAGUGUAUCUGUACUAUAGAAGUACCUGUUAUAUUUAUUAUGUAUCGUGAGUUUUUAUAAUGUACAAUAGAUCAUCUGAUCCCAGGUGAAAAGGAAAUACAUUUUUUUUUUUAAAUUGUGUUUUUUUGUUUUUGUUUUUUAGACACACAUAAUAUAUUAAAAUUAUACUACACUGAGUAUAUCAGUACAAUAUCAGUGUCUUUGUGACUGAACUCUGCUCACUGUAAGUGGUGUUGUUGGGUUUCUUAUGUUCAUUGUAACUCAGAGUGCUGUAGAGUGACGACAGACAAGAGAAUAAAAAUGGACACUCAUAUGUCAAGCUUGAUGAGGAUAUAGUCAAAAGGUAAAUUGAGAGGUUAACGAAAUUCUAAUGAAUAUCAAUGCAAAUUAUAAUACUAGGCUAUAUAUUCAAUCAUGGAAGCAAAACUUUUAUUCAUUGGUUCACAGAA